AUCCCUCCUUCCUUCAGGUCCCGGCCUUUCUCCCGUCUUGCUUCCUUGAAUUCAUUAACCAGCCAACCCACCCUCCUUCCCUCCUUCCCGGCGGCGAUGCCCAGCUCCUUGUUCGCGGAGAUGGAGCGGGGCGGGGGGGAGGCCGCCUUGGACGACCAGAGGGCCCUCCAGAUCGCCCUGGACCAGCUCUCCUUGCUGGGUUUGGAUGGAGGGGGAGGGGGAGGAGGGGGGGGCUGCAACAACAACGAGCCCGGAGCCCUCUUCGACCACGAGCCCCGCAAGAAGAGCGUCAACAUGACCGAGUGCGUCCCCGUGCCCAGCUCCGAGCACGUCGCCGAGAUUGUCGGCAGGCAAGGUUGUAAGAUCAAGGCAUUGCGGGCCAAGACCAACACCUACAUCAAGACGCCGGUCCGCGGGGAGGAGCCACUCUUCGUAGUCACGGGCCGAAAAGAGGAUGUAGCCAUGGCCCGCCGGGAGAUCAUCUCCGCUGCCGAGCACUUCUCCCUCAUCCGUGCCUCCCGCCACAAGAGCGCCGCCCUCAAUGGGGCCUCUGCCGCGGCCCCCGCCCCGCCCCACCUCCCAGGCCAGACCACCAUCCAGGUGCGAGUGCCUUACCGUGUGGUGGGCCUUGUCGUGGGGCCCAAGGGCGCCACCAUUAAGCGCAUCCAGCAGCAGACGCACACCUACAUUGUCACGCCCAGCCGCGACAAGGAGCCCGUCUUCGAGGUGACCGGUAUGCCCGAGAACGUGGACCGCGCCCGUGAGGAGAUAGAGGCCCACAUUGCUCUCCGCACGGGCGCCGGAGGAGUUGGAGGCGCUGGGGGCCUUGUUGAGCUUCCCGACGACAAUGACUUCCACGCCAACGGUACUGAUGUGGGCUUCGAGAUGAGCGGCAGCCUCUGGAGCAAACCCACUCCACCACCACCGCCGCCACCUCCACCGCCGCCACCUAGCAUCCCUCCAACGCCCGGCCGCAAGCCCUUUGCCACCCUCCGCCACGACAGCUCCAGCUCCCUAGGCAGCGCCUCCACCGACUCCUUCCACCGCAUGGCCGACUUCAGCCCGCCCAGCCCGGCCCUCAGCUUCACUCACCACAAUGGCAAUGGUUACGGUGCUUACGGUGGAGCAGAAGGGCUGCCUUCGCCCGAUGUGCCCCCGCCACCGCCGCCCUUUGAUUCCCCGCCUGGCUUUGACUGUGCACCAUUGCUUUGGUCCCACUUUGAGCGUGGGGCCCCCUCGUCUCCUGGUGCCGUGGCUCUUCCGGCUACACCCAACGCUAACCUCGCCGUGUUGGUGAGCAAUGGAGGGCAGAGGCGUGGCGUUGGGCCUCCUCCAACAAGGGUGUCUCCACCUCUUCAUGUGGCUCUUCCGGCCGAGCAGCCGCAGCAACAUCCUUUAGCCCGACGUGUGCGGAGCGACCCCGGAGGCCGGCUGAUCGCGGCUGCAGUAGCCGCAGCAGCAGCCGCCGCCUCUUCCUCUUCCUAUCCACUCUAUGCCAAUGGGUUAAGUUGCCCCUUGUCCGGUCUUCCCUCCGACUCUUCAGCAUCUUCCUCCUCCUCUUCCAGCUCCUCCUCCAGCUCCUCGUGCUCGUCUUCAGGGCUGCGGAGGAAGGGCAGCCGCGAGUGCGCCGUCUGCUUCGAGAGCGAGGUGAUUGCGGCUCUGGUGCCCUGCGGCCACAACCUCUUCUGCCUGGAGUGUGCCAACCGAAUCUGCGAGAGGAGCCAACCCCAGUGCCCCGUCUGCCACAGCGCCGUCACCCAGGCCAUCCGCAUCUUCUCCUAAAAAGAGGGCUGCCCCUUCUCCCAGACCCCCCGUGCACACUGAGCAUUUAAAGCCGUUUCAAAGCGGGGUUGGAGAAAGUGGUUUCGCUGUGCAGCUCAUUCCCUAGGACACUGUUUCUUAAACUGUGGGUCCCGACCCCAAAUGGGCUCCCCAUAGAUCAAUGCCGGGAUCCCCCCCCAAAAAAAUUGACAACAGUCUAUGCUUUCUGAAUGUCACCUAGUGACUGUUUGAGACAUUUGCACAAAGCCGUUGUGCAGUGUUUACAGUGGACUCUGCAGAAGAUGCUUCAGCUGUAUUUCAUGAAAGGAAACUCAGCCUGUUUAGCAAGCCUUGCAAAUGCUGGUUUGUUAUCAAUAGAUGUUUGAUUUUUUUUUAUAUACCUAUUUUAUAUACCUGAGAUCAUAUAAAAAUUUCUCGGGCCAGAAGGGGUCUCCAGUGGAAAAGUUUCAGAAGCCCUGGCCUAGGAAACCCUGCAACCCAUUGGAGGCCUGGAUAGUGACUACACAAACCACAGAGCACUGAUGCGCAUUAAGGGCUUUCUUUCGUGCACGUUUGUGGGAGUUUGUUGUCUCGCCGCCCGCAGUUUGAAGCUAGAUCUGAACUGCAUUAAAUGGUCAGUGCAGAUGGGGGGGCUCAGUCACACCCACACACCUAUAUUCAGGCGCACAACGUAUACGCACACCUCUAAGCAACCUCUUCCACUCACAUGGAUAAUCCUGCCUGUGUGUGUAUAUAGAUCAGUGUUUCUCAACCUGGGGGUCGGGACCCCUGAGGGGGUCGCGAGGGGGUGUCAGAGGGGUCGCCAAAGACCAUCAGAAAACACAGUAUUUUCUGAUGGUCAUGGGGAUUCCAUGUGGGAUGUUUGAGCCAAUUCUAUCGUUGGUUGAGUUCAGAAUAUUCUUUGAUUGUAGGUGAACUAU